ACACCAAGCCUUUCUUCUCGACAGAGGCUAGGUUUUCCACUGUAAAGUUUCGGCAUUUGCUCCCCGAAGUUUUUAAUUUAAUUUAAAUUCUUUAUCUUUCUUCUCGACUGCAUCUGCCUGCUGCACUUAAUUUGCAUCUGCUCCCUCGGAUGAUGCCUAUUUUUUGUUAGAUUGGAUUUCGCUUGGCCCACCAGAUGAACUUCGAGUGAAGCUAAGCUGAUAACAAGUAGCUACAACCAUGGUUCUUGACACCUACUCCAUUCAGGAAACUCACUAUGACAUACUAUCUGUGAAACAAGAUGCCAGCUAUGAAGAUAUCCGAGCAAGCUACCGAUCUGCCAUCCUUAAUAGUCAUCCUGAUAAAUCACAAAAUACAUCUGGGUCAGGAGAUAGGUUCUUGAAGGUGCAAAAGGCUUGGGAAAUCCUUGGUGAUUCGAGGGCUCGUGCACUUUAUGACAUUGCCCUUCGAGCUUCCAGACAUGAUGCUAUAGUUGCAGAAGACAUCAGCUUAGAAGAUGUGAUGGCUGAGGAUGCAGGAGAGGUCAUUCAACUCUAUUACCAGUGUCGAUGCGGUGAUUAUUUCUUUGUUGAUUCUUUGGAGUUGGAGAAGAUGGGGUAUGCUUUGUUAAGAGAUGGAAGCAAGAUAUCCUUCGAGGCACAAAAUGCUUUGCCUGCUUCACUUGUCCUUCCUUGUGGCUCUUGUUCCUUGAAAGUUCGGAUAUUGAUCAAUUCAGAUCAUUUUGUUUCAAUCGAUGAUCACCAUUGAAUGGAAGUAGAGUUUUUGGUGUCACAGUUUGUAGCUUGAGAAGUCAACUUGAUAUGGAGUGAAAUUAGAUGUAAAUUUUAGAGAUAUGCCUUAGAAUAUUAUCAAUCUAAAAUCAUAUAAUGGACAAUUGAUUUUGAGAUUUGAAAGUUUUUCUUGCCUGCAAAGCAAGUGAGAUCAGAAACAAAGAUGAACGAAAGGGUAGUUGUACUUGUAUGGGCCUUUGUACAUGUUUGAUUUGGAUCAAGAACUGGCCCAUCUGAGAGGUCCAUAUAUGUCCAUCAUUUUGGUUUCUUUUCUUUCCAACCAAAGGAAAAAUGAAAAAAUGAAACUAACAAAACUAACAAGAAAUAUACAAAAUUGGAAGAUCAAAAAUUGGGUCUACGGUUCUCAGAGCUCUGAUCAGGUUUCAGGAUCUGCCACCAAUUGAAGAAAAUUGAACGCCCACUUCUCUCAUUCCAGGUCCUGAGUCAAACUGUUGAGAUGGGUUCUGCAGAAAAAAUCUCCCAAUGGAGGAGUGUCUUUGAUUGUGUGAAACUGAAGACUAUCAAAGCCAUGCCGGAAGCACUCAUGGCAGAGAUCAACACAGCAAUUUGCAAUCUUGAAUAUGCACGUGCCACUGAUCCGGUCGACUCUCCAUCUUCUUCUUCAAUCUCAAGGUUUGAGAGCUCUCCUCAACCUGAAUACAGUGCUCGCAUGGCGGACCAAGCCUACAAGGCCGGGUGUGCAGCCUUGGCAGCUGGCAAGCUUGAUGAGGCUCUUCAAUCUCUGAACGUUUCUCUCUCCAAAUGCCCGCCUGAUCAGACUUCUGCUGUGUCUAAGCUUCAUUCUCUUAUCUCUCUCACAUCACAGCAGCUCCAAAAGUCCACAAGCUGAAGUUAUUACGACAACACAGUUUUUGGUUCUUUGUGUUUAUGGCACUUUGACUUGAACUUCUUAUGACAACUUGCUUUUUGGUGAAGAAAAAGUUGAGGUUUCUGUUUCUAUGUUUUCAUCAUGCAAUGUGGAUUUCGGCAACAAGAAUUGGGAGCUAUUGAAUGGAACAAUUAAUUAGGAAACACGAGGACAUGUUGACAUUAUUGUUUUGAAGCAGAUUUCACGAGGAUGGUUGGUAGGUGAUAGGUUUAAGCUUUAAAGCCGAAGAUAAGGUUAAUUCCUA